GCUGUGCCCUGUGCGCCAUUUUGCUUACCACUUGCCACCCAGAAACAGCAUUCGCGGACAAAGGUCUAUUUUUGCCGAAAUGGCAGUGUAAAAGUGUGCAGCGACACAGCAGCAGCCAACAAACCAGUGCAUCCAACCAGUGCACUGAAUUACUUCUAAUUCAGCGAAAAUGUCGUCCCACGUGGAAACCCUCAGCACUGCUGCACACGACAGCAACAAAGAGUUUGGCACCCUCAGAUCGUUGUCACGUACUCCUUUUGUGACCAACAACAGCCACUAUGACCAUGAUGACGACAAGCUCACUGUUUGGCCUGGAAGACAUGGAGGCCCAUCUGUGGGGGCCUUCCUCUCCCAUGGCUGACGCCAUGGGCUCAGCUGCAUUUCACCCUGACCAAGAGGACCAUCGCAAAGGAGGACAAACCUCAAUGGAUGGAGUCACAUCACCAGUGUCACCAUUCAGCUCCUCAUUUCUGUCUUCUUCCUCUCCCCAUCCCUUCUAUACACCCCCUCGUUCACCGCCAGCUGUCCUCCAAGGAAAAACUGAAACUUCAUCCGAUCCGCUUCCAUUCCCCUGGUUGGCCCACUCUGGGCAGUUGGGAGAUGCUGAGGUGGUGGUCUCAGCUGACGGCAAAGAAGAUGUGUUUGGUGACCUGGAUUGGAUGGCCGAAAGGGUGGAUCUGAGUGACUUCGACCUGGACUCUCUGAUAGGCACAUCCAGUACUAAUGAAGAGUCUCCCAGUGAUCCAGAUGACCUCCUGGCAUCCCUUGAUUGCCCCAUUGAGCUUGACUCAUUCCCAAUCCCCAUUCUGUCCAGUCUUGCUCCUCCUUCACCAGAUAUUUCUCACUCACCCUCUGUUGGUUCUGAUCCAGUUAUCUCCUCAGCGGAAACGGCAUCCCACGAUGAUGCAUGCGAUGUUCCCUCCCCUGACUCCUCUACCCCAGAACCCCAAGAGGAGUUGGAAAUCAAAUCGGAAUCAACAUCUGCCGACUCCCCAAGUCCCCCCUCCCCGUAUGACGACUCUUCACCCUCCUCUGCAUACACCCUGGAUCUAGGUAGUGAGGUGGAUGUUCCCAUGGAUGAGGUGGUAGCUGCUGUGAUACCCCCGGUCCAAAGGGUUGUGCUGUCCCUUUCACCAACUCGAAUUGUCCUUGUACUGGCGCCUAAAAAUGACGUGUGUGCGCACUCCACUGGUUCCACGAGGUCCAACGUGAAUCAUUCCUCUCCCCCGGCCUCACCCCAAACAAGGUCCUCCAGAACCCAACCAUACCCAAACCCUAAACAAAAAUAUAAGCCCCACUUGCCCACGGUCAAAGUUAAGCCAUACCCAGGUUCAGAUGAAAGAGAAACUUUGAAGGCACCCAAGAACAAGAAAUUAAAGAAGAUGGAGCAAAAUAAGACAGCAGCCACUCGCUACAGGCAGAAAAAGCGGGCAGAGCAGGAUCUUCUGUUGACCGAGCACUCGCUGCUAGAGAGGAAGAAUGUAGAGCUGAAAGAGAAGGCGGAAUCUAUGGCGAGAGAGAUUGAGUACCUCAAAGAGCUAAUGGAGGAAGUCCGUCUGGCAAGGUUGAAAAGUGGACAUUGAGCACUGAUGGGAUGUGGAAGCGCGUGUUUGAGCAUACAUGCUCACUGUUUUUGUCUGUUGCAGAAACCUGCUCUACUGUAUGAUAUGCAAACACACAUAUAUUGGAUUCAGAGUAUUGCUUAUGCUGAGUAUCACCUUUCUAAUAUUAGUCAAAUGGCUUCCAGUACAGUUUGAAACAACCUGUUUCAUAUCUUGCAUGUUUCUCAUCUCUGGGCCGAUGUAUUGCCAUAGUUUGGCCUUUUAAAAUGUUUUGAAUAUGUAUUACUAAAACCAUCUGUUUUAUGAUUAAAAUAAAGAUGUGCAUUUA